GCUUUCGCGCUCCUCCAGCCAAUCUAAGGCAUGUGGGGGGCUCUUUGGGGGGAGUUUGGGAGGCUCCGGGGAGAUCGCGGCUCCCCCGGCGCCCGGGCACCGGAAGUCGAGCACGUGAGGCUGUGUCCAAGCUCUCUGCCCGCCUGUCCCGGCUGGAUCUCGGGUCCGCUGCCUUUUGGGUCCCUGUGGCUGAGCAGCCCGGGCUUGGUUUGCAGGCGCUCGGAGCCGGGAGCCCGUUCGGGCAAAGGAUCCCCCGGGAUUCCCGACUUUGCAGCAUCUUCCGCCAACUUUGGGAGCCGGGCUCAGACGCCCGCACAGCCUUGGAGGAUCUGCCUCGCGGCUGGGACGUGGGAGACAGUUUGAUCGGGUCGGAGACCCCGCGAGCCGGCGGGGACCCGGCGCCUGAGCCCUUCCAUCUUUUUGGCAGACGCUGCACUUCGGGCGGCCCUAGGAAAGUCGCGGUUUUGCCAGCGCCGGGUCCCGCAUCUCAGCAGGGCCGGCCGAGCUAUCGGCCCAAGGCCGGGCCGGGCGAACGCGAAGCAAGCUGCUAGCCAGCGGGAGCCGAGCCAGACCCAGUUGGUUGCCUGGUCCAUACUGGAUGCUCUAUUGUCCCAUUUCUGGCCCCCACUUUGAAUCAAGUCUGAGUCUACUGAGACUAAGUUGGCUCAAAGGCCAGCCCCCUGCCCAGGCAGCAACGGGACAGACGGGUGUCCUGGAUUCUUGUCCCUGCUGGGCUCAGCCUGAAGAAGAUCUGGAGCCGGCCCCAGAAGGGGGCCUGACGGUAUGGCCCCGGGAGCCUGCAGAGCCCCCUGGCAGGAGUCCCUGACAUUCAAGGAUGUGGCAGUGGACUUCACCCAGGAGGAGUGGAGCCUCUUGGACCAUUCUCAGAAAGAGCUCUACAAGCAAGUCAUGCUGGAAAACUCCCAGAAUCUGCUCUUCCUUGCACAGAGAGGAACAGAGGAAGAGAAAGGAACAAGCAUUGAUAUGACCUCCUGUGCCCCAGGAAUCCCAGUUCUCAAAGAAGAUUUGCUCUCCCGUUCUGAGGACAAGGAUUCAUCGUGGAUCUUGGAUCCAAAAGGCCCAAGAAAUUCAUGUCUGGAUGCAGAGACCAAAUUUGAAGUGAAUGAGACUACUUUAAAGCUGAGCAUUUUUGUGAAAAAAUCUCAUCAGCAAAGAUGGAUGACCGAUGGUCCCUGUGACUUCAGUUUAGAAAAUUAUGAA